AUGAUUGUUCUAAAUACCGCAUCAAGUGGAAUUGCAGCAUUGUUGUUGGAAGGAGGUAGAACCGCACAUUCCAGAUUUGGUAUUCCGAUAGAUGCAGACGAAUUCAGCACUUGCAAGAAAAUGGAGCCAGGAUCAGAUUGUGCAGAAUUAGUUAAAGCGGCAAAGUUAAUUGUAUGGGAUGAGGCGCCUAUGAUGAGCAGACACUGUUUUGAGACGUUGGAUCGCACUAUGCGUGAUAUUAUAAGAUCUUGUGAAGAUAAACCUUUUGGGGGUAAAGUUGUUGUUUUCGGUGGAGAUUUCAGACAGAUUUUACCGGUUAUACCUGGAGGUGGUAGAGCAGAGACUGUUUUGGCGGCUCUGAAUUCGUCAUAUCUUUGGGAGCACUGCAAAGUUCUGAAGCUAACAAAAAACAUGAGAUUGCUGGCUGGUCUUACUGAUGAUGCAGCAAAAGAGCUUGAAUCCUUCUCAAACUGGAUUUUGGAUAUAGGAGAUGGAAAAAUAAAUUUGCCUAACGACGGUCAAGUUGAGAUUGACAUCCCUUCUGAUUUGCUGAUACAAAAUAGUGGAGAAGACCCUAUUGAGACUAUGGCAAAAGAGGUUUAUGGACAAGCUUUUCAAACUUCAACAGAUAAGGAUUUGUAUAGACAUCGAGCCAUUCUUACUCCCACAAAUGAUGAAGUGGAUAAAAUAAAUGACUACAUGCUUUCGCAGUUGCCAGGUAACAUGUUUUAUCAUUUAUUCUUAUGUUCAACUAACUUUGUACAUAUCACUAAACAAACGGAUUUACAUAUGCUUUCAGGAGAAGAGAAGGUUUACCUUAGCUCUGACAGUAUUAUCCCAUCCGAUGUUGACAUAGAAGAAAAUGUCGUAUAUCCUGCAGAGUUUUUGAACAGUGUUAAAGUGGCUGGACUGCCUAGACAUUGCUUGAAGCUCAAGGUUGGUGCUCCUAUCAUGUGUCUUCGUAACAUGGAUGUUGCAGAUGGUUUAUGUAAUGGUACUAGGCUAAUUGUUACUCAGUUACUGCCCCAUGUGAAAGAAGGUAGAAUUAUAACCGGAAACAAAAUUGCUGGACAUCCGGUUUGGAUCCCUAGAAUGUUUGUCACACCACCUCACACCAAGUUCCCCUUCAGAAUGCGUCGAAGACAGUUUCCAGUUACUUUGGCUUUCGCGAUGACCAUCAACAAAAGUCAAGGUCAAACACUGGAAAGUGUUGGGUUGUUUCUGCCUAGGCCAGUGUUCUCUCAUGGUCAGCUCUACGUUGCACUUUCAAGAGUUAAGUCGAGAUCUGGAUUGAAAAUCCUAAUAACUGGUAAAGAAGGGAAACGCAGACAAAAACGUUGAAUGUUGUCUACAAACAAGUUUUUCAGAAUAUUCCAUAGUCACGGUAUGUAAUUUUAAUCUACUUUCUUUUCAAAUACAAAAUUUUAAGUAUAUAGUCUGUUACAAUUAUUUACUUUUUGUAUUUUCCAGAUGGGUAGUGAUGGGUUAGGAACUGAUUGUAUUCAGGAGCAUCCUGUUUUCUGACUAUUUCGAUGAAAGUAUGUCUACUUUAAUAUUAUUUCAUGUUAACUUUUAUUUUCUUACUUAUAAAUCUGUAAAAUAAUGUUCAUCCGAUAAAUUACUUACAAUAUUUAUUUAAUUUUUUGCAGGUUUCUAAAUUAUUUUGCAUUAUUUUUCGACAAUUAUACUUCAUAAUUUAUAUUUUUAUGGAUAAUUUUUCGAUUUUUUGUUAAUAUAUUUUAUUUUACCAUGUCUACACAAAAGUUUAUUUUAUUAUUAAUGGAAACAAAAUAUUUUAUUCUCCAUCAUAGUAAUUAACGUCAGAUAUACAAUACAUUUCUAAUUGAUGAUAAUAUAAAAUCUGAAUUUUCUAAAACUAUGCAAUAUUUAUUCCAUAUUUUGAAUGAAAGUUUCUUCGUAAACAUACAAAGAAAAUAUGGACGUUGCAAUUAUACGUACACUGUACACACAAUAUCUGGCUCUUCAUACUGAAGUUACUUUGUUCUCUCUCGUCCAUCUCAAAUUGGUGUGCGAUCUUUUUUCCACGCCUGAUGAAUUCUCCCAAAGACGGUUGUUGACAUAGUAUAAAAUCCGUUACUUAUAAAAUCAUAUAAGAUUUAAUCCAUAUUUUGAAUUUUCUUAUGUCCGCACAGAGUGCGGGCCGGUCACCUAGUUGUAAUUAUAUAAAAACAAAAUAAGUAAAAGAGCGGAGAGAACAAAAGAGUGAAUGGACGGUGAAGGAUGCAUAUUCGCUUACUUCUUUUUCUUUGUUGAAAAAGAUUUAGUUGUCACUUACUUCCCUCAUUAAUUUUCCUGAAAGUUAUGUGGACACAACUUUGCUACUUUGUAGAACAAGCAUGUAGAAAGUAUAUGAUACACACACAUAUAUAUAUAUAUCGAUUAGAAAAAAACAUAUAUGAAAAUUUAUAAUUUAAUAUUAUACUAGAUAGAGAUCCGUGCAUUGCACAAAAUGAAAUAACAAAUAUUUAUGUUUCCUAAUUGUAAUUAUGUAAAAUAAAAUUAUAUUUUUAAUUAUAGACUUUUACAGUUAUCAUGCGGUUUAAAUAUUUUAGUGUAUAACCAGAAAUUAAAUUAAAGGCAUCUUAUAUAU